CGACAAGAUCCCUUCCAUUGCAAGCUACGGUUAGAUUUUGUGCCCUAGCAUUGUCACGGUUGAUGUUUUAGACUGUGAGUAAGGAAAGGAGCGCAGAAAUCAUUUGUGAUUGUAGAAUCAGCUGUUCAAGAAGGCCGCCAUGCUGGAGUAGCGUGAUCGUCAUCGAAUAUAUAAACUGCGGGAAGGCCAAAGCGGUGAGUGUAGCCAGGCGGCCGCCUGUGUUUGUGAAUCAUCGAUCUCGAGCACAUUUCACGAUCAAAAGACAUCCCCAGGAUGUGGAUAAAGCUCCACAGUUGCUGAAAAAUAUCCAGAGAAGGACGGACGACAUUUUUUUCGUGGUCGAUCGGAACCGAGAGACUGAAAAAGGUAACACCACAGGCACAGCUUGUCAGCUAGCUGCAACAUACUCUCUACUGACUAUAGGAAGUGAAGGAAGGGCAGCCUGGUGUACCAUGAUCAAAGACAAGGUGACCAUGGCCCGGAGAAGCCUUCCCCCCUCCCACAAGUACGUGGAUGUGGUGCUGCUGAAUGGAGAACAUGUACAGAUAGCUGCAGAGGGCAAGGCUAGAGGACAGGACCUGUUCAACAAACUGUGUUCCCUUCUGGACUUGAAGGAGCCACACUUUUUCGGUCUUGCCGUGGCAAAAGAUGGGGAGUUCCAGUUUAUCGACCCACAGAAGCGGCUAUCGAAGUACGGUCCACGCGGCUGGCGCACGGACAGCAGUCAUGGCCUGGACAAGAAAGGUGCUCCUCUCCUCACACUGUACUUCCGGGUGCAGUUCUACGUGGAGCACGGAGGGCUCAUCAGGGACAGGGUGAGCCGACAGCACUACUACUGGCAGCUGAGACAGAACGUCACCCAGUCCUUCCUGGGCCCGCUGCAGGAGGAGGCCUUCUUCGUGCUGGCAGCUCUGGCCCUGCAGGCAGACAUGGGCAACUUCAGCACAGAGAAACACAAGGGACAGUACUUCCAACCCUCCAAGUACUUCCCUCAGUGGGUGAUAGCAAAGCGGGGUGAAGACUACAUCACCAGACACAUGCCCAGCAUGCACAAGGAGCACCAAGCCAUGGCCACCACAGAGGCACAGACUGAGUACAUCAAGCAAGCCAUCAAACUAGAGGAUGUCGCCAUGCACAUAUACAGGGUCAAAAAGAAAAAGAAGGAAAAUCCAGCCAGUACUCUCCUGGGAGUCUGCCAGAGAGGCAUCCAAGUCUACCAGAUUUCAGAUGAUGAACAGAACCUACAAUUCAGUUAUUCCUGGAAUGGACUCGGAAGGCUAAAGUUCAAGAGAAAGCGAAUAGAAUUGCAACCUGAUGGAGCGCCCUCUUUCAGGAAGCUAGUGUACUACACAGAUAGUUAUAACAGGUCCAAGUACCUGCUGGAGCUGAUGAAGGGAACACACCAGUUCCACCUCAGGAUGAAGCCUAGACUGGACCAGAUCAGGAAGAUGGAGGCACAAGCUGAUAAGAGGAAGUACCGUGAGUCCUACAUCUACAGCACGGAGCUGGAGUGGGAAAAUGGCGUGACUGUUGAGCUGUCCAGCUUCGAGGCCUUUGCCAAGCAGUUCACAGGGAAUUCCCUUGUCAGGAGAAAACGUGGGACCUCCCAGUCCAGUAAGGGAAGCUCCAACACAUCUGGCAUCUGCAGCGACCUCAAGCCAAAGCUGUCUGAUGGGGAAGCAUCUGAGAAGUUAAGUGAGAAGCCGGAUGAAGAGCAGAAGUCAGCCAACCACAAGAGUGCUGAACAGGACACACUUGACCACAAAUCUUCAGAAGAUCCCACCACACAACCCGAGGAUAGGGACAGGGCAGACCAUGUAGUAGAGGUUUCUGCCGAGGUGCUACAGUCCUUACCACAGACCAUUCCCCAGGAGCAUGAACCCAGGAAGAAUGUUCUCCAUGUGCGUGACAUGGACCACAUUCAGCACUACAUGUUAACUCCUGUGGAGAGCUCCAUCCUGCUGGAGGAGGCGGCAGAAAAGCCUCAUGAAGAGCCCGUCACCACGAGGGACCUGACACCUUACACCACUAUCUUACUUCCUGAACUAGACUGCAGUAGUGAGGAGAUACAGACCAGCUCAGCACAUAUUCAGAAAAAUUCCAGUCCAGCAUCAUCCCAACACAUGACAGAUAAGAAGGACACAGCCGAGACGGAGGUCCAUAGCCAGGCACAGAUGUUAGACACAGACGAGAGUCUUCAGGAAACCCCACCACCUUUCAUGGACUCCCCACCACCCAACCCUAUGGUCUCCAUGCUGUCUUCUGACAAUAGGGAGGUCAUCACCAACACGCCUCCCAUCAGUGACAUGCAGCCUGUGUUCUUCUCUCCAACUCACUCACCCUUGCCCAUCAACUCCGUCAGUCCAGACACACAACUGACAUCGCCAGAGAAAAGGCACAGUUGUACCAUGAACUCGUCCUUCCUUGUAGAUAUCAAGGCGUCUCCUGUAGACAGUUCAGACCUGUUGUAUCAGACGGCUUUUACUGACCUUAGUGAGCUCGGUUCUGGUGACUCCGAUGGAGGCCAAAAAUCAUGGACUUCCCCAUAUUCCAUAAGGGUGUAAAGUAAAUAGCAACAUCUUGGUGUCAUGGCUUUGUACUUAUGAAGCUGUUCACAGUUUUAAUACUAUUCCUUUCACAUUGAUGAAGUGUAAAGUAACUGCACUGGGAUUAUAUCCAGGAAGAAAUGUGUAUGCUGACUUUUAAGGAGAUGCUUCAUUGUGUUGUUUUUGCCAUUUCAGAUAUAACAUAGAGAACAUCCUGACAUCCCUAAGAAUAUUGCAAUAGCAUUGAGUAUCAGAUGGUUGGAACUUCCUUGUACUUAAGAAAUGUCUGAGGAGCAUUAACUUCAAACCAUUGUUGUCACUGUUAUUCCAUAUCUUUGUGCCAAGUCACAGGAGUUAUUGCUAUCAAAUUGUCACCAGUUUUUGUUGUCAUAGCAGCUAUAGCCUAACUGGUAUGUACAUAGUGGUGCUGCAAUUCAUGUUGUCACACCUACCAAGCAAUUCAUGUUGUGUUACUGAUGAUACCUCAACAGUAUUACUAAUACCCAGGGUAAAUUUCUAUUAUCUGCUGAAACUGAAUGAAGAAACCUUUUCUCCUAGUAUGUAAUUGAUGUUGGAAGUCAGAAAAGGUUUCUUGAUUUAAGUUGACUCUUUUACAUGGUAAAACCUUCUUUGUCUUGUAAAAGAAUUGUUAGGUAGCAUUAAAGUACAAAUACAGUAUUUGAUUCUUAUAUUCUUUUAAAGCAGAUAGUCUGAUUGACUCGAACAGACUUAUCCAGUGGUGCUACAAUGCAUGUUGUUGUCAUUUACCAAGCAAUUCAUCUCAUUUCACAAGCCAUACCUCAUGUUGCUUACAAUGUACAGUCAUGUGUCAAUAUUGAAGGCGUGCUCAGAAUAGAUUAUUGACCUGUCAAUUUCUCUGGAAAAGAAUUUGACUGUGAAGUUAGCCAUUGAGAAUUCAGAGUUGUUUUGUCCUGUAGGACUAUGCUUCCAUGUUAGACGAGUUGACAAAGUAGCAAUGUUACAUAAUUACACAGAUAAACUGGAGAGUAAGGAGGGUUUUUUUGACAGUACAGUAUUGUUAGCUGUAAAUUGACUUGGCUGUUUUCAGUGUUAUAGCUACCUAAUCAAGGAGUUUCAGUUCUCUAAUUGUCUCAUGCGAGCCACCAAGCAGAAUUGUCAUCUUGAAUUCUUUAGCUCUCCCACUAGCUAUAGGUGAACUUCAUCAUGAAACCUUUUCAUUGCCUUAUAUCUUUUUACUUUUAAUCACAGCAGAAAAGGUUUCAAGAUGAAGGGAAUGUUUCUUUCUUAGGUUUUUGACCAAGUUUUGAAGAAACCCUGUGAAAGACUAGAUGGGUGAUCCUUCGUAUGCAGCCUACUGUUAUGAGUCAGAUUUCUUCUCAGCAGUCUUACUACGUGAAAAACAUGACCAGUCAUGUUCCUUUGCCAAGCAAAAACAAUGUAAAUAGUUUUCAGUACGAAGCUCAGGAUGAAGUGUCUUCCAGGCUUUGCUAUUUCAACCAACCGCCAGUAAUAUUUCAAAUUUUGUCUACACCAAAAUCUGCCAGUCAUAUUUCUUCCUUUCAUUUCUUUUGUACAAGAUAAGCUUGCCAGUGUAUUUACCCUCAUGAGGAUGUUACCUAUGAAUGAAGAAGAGUUUUACAUUUGUGUAUAUAUUAUAUAUAUGGGGUGAGGUCACUUGUGUUUGAAAACCAGGGGUUUUAGUCCCCAAAUCUUUACUUACCUGUAAAUUAUGUACAGUUCGUGGUGCUAUAUUAUUAUAGAUCGAGUGUGCAACCAAACAUUAUGUGCAAUUUAUUAAAGGUUGCUGUUUUUGUAUUACAUAGUGAGCACUGGUGUUUAGUUAAAGGUUUAUCUUAAACUUCCAUUCUUGUUUGUUCUAUUAUGCCACCAAGAAGACUAUUUGAGUUACAUUUUAUCCACAUAUUUCUUUGUACUUUGUAUACCUACAAAUAAAUAUUUUCAUAUUAUCCAGAUACAAAGGUA